AUGUCAGAACAGAUCCCCGUUGAGGAGUACUUACAAUUAAUCCACAAUGCAUCCAGUACUAUCAGCUCAAAAUUAGACCCCCACCCCAUCUUAUCCCACCCACGAGUCAUGAUCAUUUGUGGAUCAGGCUUGGGUGGAAUUGCAAACACAUUACACCCUGACCCCAUAAUUGAAAUUGCCUACUCGUCAAUUCCCGGUUUCAAAACGUCCACCGUACAAGGCCACGCGGGAAAAUUGGUAUUUGGAUUAAUCGGUGAAAAUAAAGUGCCUGUAAUGUGCAUGGUUGGUCGAUUACAUUUCUAUGAGGGAUAUACUUUCCAACAAACAACUUUCCCUAUUCGUGUAUCUAAGGACUUGGGUAUUGGUACAGUCAUUGUGACUAAUGCCGCCGGUGGAAUUAAUGAGGAGUAUAAACCCGGUGAUUUGAUGGUGAUUGAAGAUCACGUCAAUUUCCCCGGUUUGGCUGGUUGGCAUCCAUUACGCGGUCCCAAUUUAGAAGAAUUUGGUCCUCGGUUUUUACCAUUGUCGGACGCUUAUGACCAUUCUUUGCGGAAAUUGUUUGUUGAAAAAGCUCAAGAGUUGAAAGUAUCAAGACCAAUUCAUGAGGGGACGUAUUUCUUUGCUGCCGGUCCGACAUUUGAAAGUCGAGCUGAAGUCAGGGCUAUUAGAACAUUGGGUGGUGAUGCAGUGGGGAUGUCAACUGUUCCUGAAGUCAUUGUUUCUCGUCAUUGUGGGUUGCGAGUGUUGGCAUUAUCAUUGAUUACCAAUGCUGGUGUAGGUGCUAAACCGCCAAGUGCGUUGCACCCUAACCCUGUGGCUUUGGAUGACGGUAUGGCAAGUCAUGCAGAGGUGUUGCAAGCUGCUGAUGAGGCUUCAAAGGAUGUUGAAAGGAUAAUUGAGGCCACUAUAAACCAAUUAUAG